AAAAGAGCAUUAUUCCGAGCCGAUGCAAUGUUGGAAAUUCCGAACCGUGUUUAUGUCCUGGAACGAUUCAACAAAAGAAUCGAAUUGUUUUAUCCUAGACGAAAACUCAUGAAUCCUGUCGUCACACUGUAGAAUAGAGAAGUGUUCACCACGCUCCUGCUUGUUAAAUAUCGUAGCCAUACUGUAUACGGUACAGCGUAUGUACAGAGGACGAGGAGGGAAACGAAGUAGUCAUAAAUAAAGCUCCUCUAAUAUAACGCAGACGAGGACUAAAAUGAACGAACAAUCAGACGAACAGUAUUGUUUACUGAGCCAUGUGCUGUGUAUGCAUGGUCUUAACAAACGAAACUUAUGUUACACUUUGUUUUUUUCUUUCCUUUUCUUUCCGAUAUUACCUGUUAAUGUUUAACAGUGCCUAUUUCUAAUGCUAGGUUCACUCUUUCCCGUUUCUUUUAGAAAAAUGGUAUAACGCUGUCCAGAAUUGGUUCAGCAAUAAAUUUGACAAAUGUGACCCAAAUGAAAUAAAGAAAUAAAUAGUUCAAUAAAUAAAUACAUUGCAAUGUUUCAAGAUUCCAGAGCAGCACUGUUAGCCGUCGUAGCCGUCGUCCCGUUUCGAUCAGGAGAGGUAUCUAUGUUAAUUUUCAUUCCUGUAAAUAGUCUCUUGCGGUGGAACAUUUUUGUGCCCAUGGGAUUUAUUAUCAAAUCCUGUUAUGUUAUUAUACAUUUUAAACAAUGAAAAUAAAAACGCCAAUUCUGAUUGUUACUGCCUCUUUGAUUUGAAUUUGAAGUUGAAUUUUGGGACCCAUCUUUGAAACCUCUUUUUUUUUUUUUAAAAAAUUUGUUUUAUAUUUAUGACUAUGCUAACAGUUUAUCGUUUCUAUAGUAACAGCUUACACGGGGAGGGACGUGUACGGCGGACGCUCCGUGUGAUCUACCGCCGAUAGUAACCGUUAAUAAAAACGUCUUGUUGUUUAAUAAAGAAAAAUGUGACGUUUUCUGUAACGUUUACGGAAGGAGUCUUCAGUGUUACAAGUUUUUGUAACAAAAGAUGACAAAAUGUAACUAUAAAUGGAUAAAUAAAACAAUGCGUGACGUGUCGGUCGAUAACUGAAGGGGUUUGGUUUUAAAGCGCUGACACUGGAGACUCCUUCCGUAAAUGAAUGGAGAAUUUGACAGCGUUGUGGCGGAACCAUGACUGAAGUUCACAAAGCGCUCCAUUAGGGGGCGAUGAGCCUCACGACCUGAUAGAAGACGCAGAAAGACGACGACGAAGAAGAAGAAGACGCCCUUCGCUAAUUGGACCAACUUCGGCGUUCCUCUUCUGUAGCCGGAAGUGUUUUAUUUUCAAAGAUGUCAGUAUUUAUAGCACAGCGCGUUAGAAGAGCUGCAGUAAUUCCACACGUGGAGUGCUUGAAGGACAGAAGUAAAGAGACUAAAUGUCCGUUCUGAUUGCUGUGUAUCAUCACACUUCCGGUCUCUCUGCGUCUCUGCCAUGCCGAACCCGAGGAACUCCGGUCCCAAAAGACUGAGGUUGGACUGGAGGUUCAUCAAGAGAUUCUGCAGAAUAUUAAGAGUGCUUUUCCCGAGAUGGUGCAGUCGGAAUGUUGUCAUGUACGGCACGCUGCUCGGAGUCACUCUUUUAGUUCAGCUGGUGAUUUACCAGGUGGGUCUGAUCCCCAGUCAGUUCUUCGGCGUGUUGUCGGAGAAGAACUACGGCAAGUUUAAGGAGCUGGUGGCGUUUUCCGUCCUGCUCGUCCUGCUCAACUCUGCGCUGAAGAGUCUGGAGCAGUACAUCAGCAAUCUCCUGUACAUCAGCUGGAGGAAAUGUCUAACGCGGAGCCUCCAUCGAGAUUACUUCAGCGGACGGGUCUUCUACACCCUCAACGUCCUCCGGAAGGAUGUCGAUAACCCAGACCAGAGGAUGACUCAGGAUGCAGAGAGGUUGUGUAAUCAGUUGAGCAGCAUGGCCAGUCGACUGGUCAUUUCCCCGUUCACCAUCUCCUACUACUCAUACCAGUGCUUUAACAUCACUGGAUGGAUUGGAUUCGUCAGUAUCCUCGGAUACUUCCUGGUCGGCACCGUCGCCAACAAGUUCCUGAUCGGACCCGUCGUGUCCACAUUGGUUGAACAGGAAAAGCUGGAAGGAAACUUCAGGUUCAAGCACAUGCAGAUCAGAGUCAGUGCCGAAUCCGCGGCUUUCUACAGAGCAGGGAACGUGGAACACGUGCGGACGGACCACAGACUCCAGAGUCUCUUGCACACACAGAGGAACCUGAUCAACAGGGAGCUCCUGCUCUAUCUUGGAGUAAACACGUUUGACUAUAUGGGAAGCAUCCUCAGCUACAUCAUCAUUGCCAUACCCAUCUUUGCGGGCGUGUACGAUGGUUUGAGCCCGGAGGACAUCACCGUUCUCAUCAGCAAGAAUGCCUUUGUGUGCAUGUACCUGAUUAAUUGUUUCACGCAGCUUAUAGAUCUUUCCACGACAGUCUCCGAUGUUGCAGGUUACACCCACAGAAUUGGAGAACUACAGGAAGUGAUGAAGGACAUCAGCAGGAAGCAGGAUGAUCAAGAAGACUGUAUGCCUGUGGGGAUGGGUAACUUCGUCAGGGAUGGAGAGACCUCGCCCUCUUCCAGCGGCGCUGCUGUCGUACUGGACAAGCUGUCCUUUACGUCUCCGUUCUCCGAGGAUCUGCUGGUGAAGGACUUGAGUCUCGGGGUUUAUGAGGGAACACACCUGCUGGUGGUGGGAAACACGGGCACGGGGAAAACAUCUCUCCUCAGGGUCCUCAACCUUCUGUGGGAACCUUCUAAUGGUUCUGUUCAGAUGAACACGUGUUUUGGGCCGAGGGGAAUCAUGUUCCUGCCCCAGAAACCCUUCCUGACCGACGGCACCCUUCGAGAACAGGUGAUCUUCCCCUUAAAAGACAUCAUUCCAGACACAGGUUCCGUUGACGACGAGAGAAUUUUGCGAUACCUGGAACUGGCUGGGAUGUCCAGUCUUUUGAAGAGGACGGGAGGUCUGGACGGGAAAGUGGACUGGAACUGGUAUGAUGUUUUAUCACCAGGUGAGAUUCAGAGGCUGUGCUUUGCCAGGCUUUUCUACCUGCAGCCAAAAUACGCAGUGCUGGAUGAAGCCACCAGCGCUCUGACAGAAGAAGCUGAGGAACAGAUGUACAGGGCUUGUAAACAGCUGGGCAUGACUCUGAUAAGCCUGGGUCACCGCAGCAGCCUGAAGCAGUAUCAUGAUGUCAUGCUGAGGCUGUGUGGAGGCGGGCAGUGGGAACUCACUGAAUUGGAAACGAGGUGAAUCUCCCGACAAAAUAUGGGAUUUUCCCUCAUUUUAGGAGGGAGGAGGAGUGACAGGUUUUAUUUCGGUUCACAUUGAAAACGCGUGUAAGUAUAAUUUGCACCUGAUACACUGAUAAUCGGGUGAGGAACUCCGAGUUGGACCUGGGACUUUCCCGAUUUCCUGAUAUUUACAACGCAGCGUUUAUCGAGGCGGUGUAAUUCCACUAAUCGGUCAACAGCACUCGAUAAAAUCUGAAAUCUUUCCAAAAACAUCAAACUACACAUUACAGUUAAGUGUUAAAGGUUCUAUCCAGGAAUAUUCCAUCAUGCAUAAUUGAAUUGUACACACGUUGUAAUGAUGGCAAAGGAGACAAUCAUUUCUUUAACUGAUUCAGAUGAUUCAUUGAGUUGAUUCAGUGUUAGAAUAAACUUGAUUGGUGUUUAUUUUUGUUUCUUGUUGAAAGUGGGCGUUAAUGAAAUCCGUUGUAUUACACUUCUUCUUUUAAACUAUGCAAAAUGUAAUGCGAUGUAAUUAAAAUAUGUAAAAUCAUGUCACAAAUCUGUCUUCAAGACCUAUGAAUCAGUGUGCGUAAUGAUGUGGACGUUCCUCCUUUAAAGCCUGAGUGACCGUACGUGGAUUAUAUAACGUUAGGUUUGACAUAAUUAUAUAUUUGUUUUGAAUAUAAAUAGGUUUAAAAACGUCUGCAUAAAAAUUGAAAAAUACAGGAAGGUGUAUGUAGUUAAUUUUUUUUUUUUAUAAAUGAAAUAACGGUACAGACGAAUUUAGCAGUUUUCCAAUCAGCCAGUCAAAAGUUUUAAAGUUUAAAAGUUCACGUUGGGAAUCAGAAUGGCAAAAUGUCUUUGACCGUGUCAUGGUUGGUGCUACUAAAUCAUCAAAUGACUGCUGAAGCCAUGGUCUGCUUACAGAGAGCUUACAAACCUGUAUGGUGUCUCGUUUGUCGAAAGAGAUCAAUCAGUAGAGGGGUAGAGAAGAAUUUCCGAAGACUUAAGAACACCGUCAUCAACAAGUGGAGAAAAUGGGGCACCACAGUGACAUCAAAAAGAACAAGACGUCCCUCUAAAAUUUACAAAAGGGGAAGACAAAAACUUACCAGGGAGGCUGCCGAGAGACCUACGGCAACAUUAAAGGAGCUGCAGGAACAUCUCACGAGUACUGAUUACUCUCUGCAUGUGACGACAAUCUCUUGUAUUCUUCACGGGUCUGGGCUAUGGGGUAGGGUGGUUAGACGGAAGCCCUUUCUCACAAAAAACACCCAAGCCUGCCUAAAUCACCCCAAACCAUGUGGUAAAAUGUUAUGAUCUGAUAAGACCAAUACCAAAAGGUACAAUAAUUCCAAAAUUUCAAAGGUUCGUUUAGUGCUUAAAAAAAAUCACCAAAAGAACACUAUACACCAACGGUGAAGCAUGGUGGUGGAAGUGUCAUGCUAAAGGGCUGCUUUUCUUCAGCCAGUUCUGCAGGAUUUAUCAAGAUGGAGGGAAUCAAGAAUAGCAGCCCUUAAUAUCGAAACCUUCAGGUGUCUGCUAUUAAGCAGGAGUUUCACCGUUCAGCACGAUAACGAUGCAAAACAUACAACCAAAUCAGCAAAGGAACGGCUUCACCAGAAGAAGAGUGAUGUUUUUGAAUGGCCAGAGACCAGACCUGAAUCCAACAAAAAAUCUGCAGGGUGACCUGAAGCGGGAUGUGCACAGGUGAUACCCUUACAAUUCUAGAUGGAUCUAGAAUGUUUUUUGCAGGAAAGAGUGGGGAAAUAAGUCGAGAUGUGCCAUGCUGAUUGACUCUUACGCAAAAAGACUGAGCGGUGUAAUAAAAUCAAAAGGUGCUUCAAUGAAGUACAAGUUCAGGGGUGUGCACAAUUUCACACUGAAGGUGGGAAAAGAUCUGACAUGACUUCUCUUCGGGUCAUUCUUUUACUUCACAAAAACCUGCCAUUUUAAUCGGGGUGUGCAGACUUUUUAUACAUCCACUGUGUAUUGGAUCGGUCCAAGUUCUAGAAAACUGUGAACCAGAGAUACAAGAACUAUUAUGCGAGACGUUAAUUCCGUAUCCAGUCUGUUGGGGGCGCCAUGCUGGGAAUGUCCAUAGGAAGAUUCUCCAGCAGGUGUGGAAAGAUUUGGAGACACUAGACUAGGUGUCCUGUCGAGCUCUGCUCUGGGUCGACACUGUGCUACGACCACAUGACGCACGUGAUGAAUCAUUUAGUAACAGAGUGUCCAGGUUGUCAACAAUUACAGCACUGAAACUUAUUUAUAGUGGUGUAGUAAUCAGUUAUCUUUUAAUUACAUAAUACUUAUCACUUUGUAGCAGCUGUUUCAUGCGACAAAUAAUAGGUUUACAUGUGCGCUAAUUUUAUUUUGGGAAAUGGUGCCAUAUGCCAGUGCCUUGUGGGGGUGGUUUUCAUUAUUAUUUUUUAUUUUUUUCUCCUUGCAAUGAUGUCAUGCUUCUUGUAUUGGAAACUUGUAUGAUAUUCCAGAUUCAAGGGCAUCCAGGGAUUGUUUAGCAGAGCUUCCUUCACAAGUUUGACAGUUGUCCUAGUGUGCUUUCAUUUAGUAUUACUUUUUUAAUCUCAAAUGGGCCCAAAAAAAAAGAUACUAAAUAAAACCACCACUAAUUCAGAACAUACAUCUUUCUUUUGCCUUGUUUUUCCCCUCCUAUGUUUGUGUUCCUGUUUUGCUGCCAAAUUAUGUGUGAUUUAUUCAUGGAAAGAAAAAAACAAACCCUUUCUGACUCUAGGAGUGGCUUUAAUUUUAAAAAAAAAGGAAAAAAAAAGUUA